GAACAGUUUGAAUGGCCGCGCAUAUGCUCUUGAGUGAGAGAUCGAAGAACGAAGUGGGUUGUGAGGUGUCCCGUGUCCUGGAGGAGUUGUGUUUGUCGAGGGGGGAAGCACUCGGUUGCAACAUAGAGGCGACGCAGGUAGGGGAGCUCCCUCUGUUUUUACAAGGGUGUUUGUGUCGGGUGCAUGAUUAUUGCAAUGCUUUGGGUACCUCGAGAAGUUGGGUUGCAGGGGGGAUCCUGGCGCUUCUAAUGACGGGGCUGCACCGUUCGCCAGCCACGAUCAAGUACCCGUCACUUGUUGCCAGGAGCCUUGACAAGGCGGGUGGCCAGGCGUGACAAAAAAGGGGUGGUUGGGUAGCGCUGGAAACGGGUGGCAGCACAAGCUUAACCUGCGUACAUGGAGAAGCAUUUCAUCUGAGACCGCUCACCUGAGAAAAUGACUGAAAGACACAGGUGAGUCGGAUCUUGUGCGCCAUCGAUGAUGACUGCUUAUUCGGGGAGUUCGUUGCUAUGGGAACAGUCUGCCGCUUCUUAACCGUGUUCGUGUAUGGUUAUGUCGGGAAGAAAGGUGUUUUAAGUGGCCAGAAACCUUAAAACUCUUCUUUCUAAGUGAAGAAGACAUUCUAGCAUGCCCUGCUAUAGCCAUGCUCCAGGUGUCAGUUGUCUACCACCGAAUAUACUGGCAGCCUGUCCCCGGACAUUUCUGACUUCCUUGAUUAUUUUUAUGUUCUCACGGGACUAAGAAGUUGAGACAUCAAUUAAAAUGGCGUCGUUGUGCAUUGUAAAUCAUCUCUACCUCCCUGUCUUACAGAAGAAAUCUGCUUUGUGUCGUCACGGAACACUGUUUCUAUAACCGAAAUCAACGGACCUGUCCGAAACUCUACGUCACUAACACAGACUUAUGACGUAGUUUCUGGAUGCCCCGCGAGCCUUGUCGGAACCACAGACCGUGCGAAGGCGAAGCCAUAGUGCUGACGGACAAACAACCACAAGCAAUAAAGGCGAGAGGUUGGAGGUGCGGAAGGAUACGGUUACUAUAUCUAUCUCAGGGUAUCUAUCUCAGAGUGAUCCCAGGGGCUGCAGAUGUCGCUGCUGCUGCUGAAGACACGUGACCUGAGCUGGCAGGACCACACGGUCAACACGGAGGCCAUGCUGACGCCUGCGCGCUGCGGUCUGCUGCUCAACAAGCACAAGGCGCUCAACGCCAAGUGCGCCGCCGCGCAGCACGUGUACGACCGGCAGCGCGAGCAGUGCCUGAAGGACUUCCGUACUUCGCGCCGCCUCCUGGACCGUCAACGCCAACGGCUGCUUAGAGCCAAACGCGAGGCGUACGCGAGCAGCCUCCUCCAUUCGCCUCACCAGCCUUUGUCAGCCACCUCUGAACCAUCCAUCGCAUCCGGGCAACUCGGAAUUCGUCGGGCUCUCGGCGAUCGCAGCGUCUCCGCCCCGGGUUCGCUUCAACACUGCCCCAAGCAGGGGACGCGAUCCCGUAUCAAAGGGACGCAACCCCGGUUGCAGUUUCUGUCGAACGCCUUCCUCACCGACGGGGAUAGUGAGGCUGAGGCAUCUAUCUCGAGUGAGGGGGAUAGCGUCAGCACCGGGGGAGACGCCACCCUCGAGCAGCUGCAAAGUGGAGUCGCCGACAUGCUUUCAGCGCCGGUCCGACGUGCGUCGCGCGUGCAGUGCUGGGGUGCGGGUGCUGACGGUGCACGACGAUCGCUCGGAGUGAAGUUCACGGAGCGCAGCGUCAACAGCCAAACCGCUGACACCAGCAACGACAAAGACGACGACCAGCCCCGGCUGACUUUAGACGCCCGCGUACGAGCUUUCAUCGCUGACGUCAGAACCUUCAACGCCCGCCCGCCCGAUGACCUCUGGCGGAGGAUUGGUCGCGAUGACGAGGAAGACGAGCGUCGAGAUAUUUCACGUAACCAAGCAACAGUGGAGAAGCCUCAGAAGCGGCAGAACCAUCUCAGCCUGUGGCAGGUGGAUGGGCACGCCAGCAUCUUGGCCGCCUUUGACGGCUUCUGCGAGAGAGGAAGCCCGGAAGAGCUGACCCGCGCCAUGCGCCUAGCUUCCAGGUUAAAGGUCAAUGCGCUAUCUCUGCACAACCAGCCAAUCGUGACCAGUAUGGCCGACUUCCGUACGUCACGGGUGUACCAGUCCCUAGUCGACAGCAGGGACUAAGCUUUAUCCAAUGUGCCCCACAGGGCUUUUAAAUAUACAAUAAGUUUACUGUUCUUCGAAUUUACAGAAAACUGUUUGUGUCACGGCUACGAUCAACGUAUCAUAAAAAAUGCACUCUGCAGCAUCAGGCAUUGAAAUAACAGUUGGCGGAAAAAAUUAUCACUGUUGCAAAAUUUGCGUUAAUUUAUACAACAAAGCUGUGACAAUAAAUGUAACAAAAAACUAUUUUUAUUACAAGAACGAAUCCUUGCAAAAUCAUAAAAAUGUGAAGUGAUUCGCCUACUGCCUUGACAUUUCACCGUGAUGUGCUUGCCAAAUGCACACAUAUAUAUAUCGAUAUAUUACAAUAAAAAAGACAACUUUUAUCCAGUAUUUACGACCAGCUCUACACACACACACACA